CUAACUCAUAAGCACGGGUCAGGCCGGGCUUGGAGCCCGAACAAAUGUUGAUUCAUAGCCCAUCAAAAAAAACAAGCCAAUUUUGAGAAACCACAUUUUCUUACCAUUCUAUUUCCACACUUUCGCUUUGUUCUUGUUCUUGUUCUUGAUCUUGAUGUUGAUCUUGUGCUGUGAUCCCAUCUCGCUCUAACAUUCUCUUCAAUGGCACCUCCAAGAAAGCCUUACAUUUCCAUCUUUCUCCUCUCUCUCUUUGCUCUCUUCAUCUUUACCCACUACUCAUUUUCACCUCCUUCUCUCUCUAACCCAACAACCCACUUUCUCUCUCCGCAAAACCCUACUUCUUCCUUCACUUUCACCAUUAAAGUUCUAGCCUUUAACCGCCUUUCUUCCCUCUCUAGGUGCCUAAACUCUCUAUCUUCUGCCCAUUAUUUUGGGGACACUGUCAAUCUUCACAUCUUCAUUGAUCACUUUCCUAAUACCACUUCCUUUGAUUUGGGCCAAAAGAUUGAAACUUCCCACAACAUAUUGGAUUUUGUUGAUGGGUUUAGGUGGGAUUUUGGGCAGAAAUUGGUCCAUUACAGGACUGUUAAUAUGGGCUUACAGGCCCAAUGGUUGGAAGCUUGGUGGCCUUCAUCUGAUGAUGAGUUUGUGUUUGUUGUUGAAGAUGAUUUGGAAGUUUCACCUUUAUAUUAUAAGUUUAUUAAAGGUUUGAUCUUGACAUAUUACUAUAAUCAAUCCAAUUUUAGCCCUUGGAUUUACGGUGCUUCUCUUCAGAGACCAAGGUUUGUCCCAGGUAAACAUGGGAACAAAAUCAACUUGGACAGCGGAACCAGACUCUUCCUCUACCAGUUGGUCGGAACCUGGGGUCAGGUUCUCUUUCCUAGACCCUGGAAGGAAUUCCGCCUUUGGUACGAUGAUCAUAAGGCAAAGGGCAUCAAGCCAGUUCUCGAAGGAAUGGUGACAACCGGAUGGUACAAAAGGAUGGGAGAAAGGAUAUGGACCCCGUGGUUCAUCAAAUUCAUUCAUGCCCGUGGCUAUUUCAACAUCUACACGAAUUUUCUUCACGAAAGGGCUCUUAGUGUCUCUCACAGAGAUACGGGUGUUAACUACGGGAAAACAGCUGGGCCAGAUUCACAAUUGUUGGAUGAGAAUGCUCACGAUAUCAACAUAUUGGAAAUGCAAUCUUUGAGUAACCUACAAUGGUAUGAUUUCUGCUUCAAACAAAUACUUCCCGGUAGAGCUGCAAAGAAACUCAAUGAAAUUGGCCGAAUACUUGAUACCAUGGGGAAACAAAAGCCCAUCUUGUUGAUCAGCUUGUCGAAAUCUUCCGAGGAAGUUAUAAGGAAUUUGAUAUGCCAUUUUGAGAGGCUGAACAUUCAGAAUUACAUUUUUAUCGUCCCUAACUCAAAAUCGGAUUUGCUGCUUGAUCUUCCGAGACGAGGGCAUCCUAUGAUUGUUAUAGAGGAAGUCUUUGACGGCAUUAGUGUUGGUAAGAAAUCAAGUUCCGAAUUGAUUAAGGAGAUAACCGUGAUUUCUUAUGUGAUUAAGGAAUGCUUAGAUUUGGGGUUCGGAAGUUGGGUGAUGACGUCCAACACGCUUCCACUCGUUAGUAACCCACAACUUGACUCGACUAACUCUAUAGACGACUUCUAUGUCGGUAAGAGCUCCAGUUUCUUCUUUGUCAGGAGCUCUUCAUCUUCUCGCCGAGUUUGGCAUAAAAGAUUCUUGCAGAAAUUUGCUGCCUUUAUGGACUCUUUCGUUCAUCUAGAUUCAUCGGUAAAAAAGGGGGAAAAUUUUGUGGAUUUUGUUGAAGAGUAUGCAGUAAAUCACGAUCUUAGAUUGAAAAUUAUCGAUGAGAUCGGCUUUACUUUGAAACUUGAGAGAGUUGAUGGGAAUCAAACGCUACCGACAAAUACAAAGAUGAUCUCAUGGUCGCCCGGGAUGAACAUGGAAUCAGUGCAUAAACAUCUUGAAGAACUGGGAUUAUGGAUCAUUGACGAUGAUUCUUCUUGUAGAGCUGUGAUCUGUCACCAUUCAUGAGACAUUUCUGCACGAAUCGAAGUGCUUCAGGGGGAACUUUCUCAUGGGCAGAGUUGUUUAGAACUUUAUCGGAACUACAGAGAAGCAAAGGAAAUGUAGCAGGGAGGAAACUCGUUUCGUCUCUGCAGGAGUAUCGACUAUUUCCCAGGCUUCAACUGUCCAACCAACCCGGCCAGACAGAUAAAGAGCACAGCUCAGAAUGAAAAGACUUGUUUUUGGUUUGUUUUUAUCCAAUAGAGGUGAAUUGGCUUCACCAACUCUGCUUCCGGAAUUAGAUUGAAGACGAUUUUUGUUCGGAACUGUGUAAUGAACCAAGCAAGGCCACCCAUCAAACAAUACCAGAGGUGUGUGAAAUGAAGACGACAGAUAGUAAUUGAAAUAUGCAGAAUAUAAUAGAAAAUCUCGAAGGUUUAUUAUUGUAAUCCGAGGGGAAUACUAUUGUAACCGAACUGAACAUCAUGUCUGUAUGUUGUUAUUGCAAAUGGCUAUUCAAUAGUCUACACAUAUAGAAGAACGAGAAAUAUGUCGUGACUA